CUCUUCCACGUAACCUUCGAUUUCCAAUUUUUGUCUAUUUUCAUAUCUAAUAAUAAUCUCUCACACCCCACACACACUACAGCCAGCCAUGCAUCAUCUUCUUCUUCUUCUUCUUUCCAAGCACCCAUGACCUCUAACCAUUCUCCAAUGGCUGUUCGACCAAACAAAACAUGUUUCUCCAAAUAUUCAUGGGUCAUUAAUUGGAUACUCGUUGUUGAAUUCUUGUGUGUGCAAGUAGACUGUCACACUUCACAGAUUUCUGUUAACUUAAUCAAGAAACCUGAGCCAGUAUCCAAUCUUGACUCGCCUACAUUUGUUUUCCAAGUUGGUAAUGCUGAUUUUUCAUGCUACAAUUGUACCUCCAGCUGCAAGCUGGAUGAUCUCCGUCCAUCAAAUUGUUCAUCCGGGGAAGUUUCCUACACUAAAUUGCAAGACGGGAGCCACACGUUUGAAGUGUGCGCCAACGGGCCCCACCCGAUCCACUGUGCUACAUAUAACUGGACCAUUGACACCAUUCCCCCUACAGCAUACGUUACAGCAUCGACAUCAUUUACAAACUCUUCGGAUAUUUCUGUGCGUAUAUCCUUUACUGAACCCUGCAGUGGUAGUGAUACUGGUGGUGGUUUUAGGUGUUUAUCUGCUAAUGACUGCAGCCUUCUAGCUUAUGGUCAAGGGCAGGUUAUUCCAAACACUAUGAAGACUAUCAAGCUGAAUCUUGAAUAUUCUAUUUCGGUGAAUUUGUCUACAAAUGUCGAGUAUGGAAGAACGCUUUUAGUAACAGAUAAAGAUUUUUGUAAAGAUGCAGCCGGGAAUCAAUUUACACGAACAACGCGUUCCAGUUUCUUGGUUCAUUUUGAUAGAAGAAAUGUAUACGUUGACCUGAGGACUCACAUACCCGAACAGCUACUUCAACUCGAUAACAAUGUUAGAUCGGUUCAAGCAACUAACAAACACAAGAACUUGAAGUUGUAUCUAUAUUUUACACAACCUGUAGUCAACACAUCAACUGAAGUCUUGAAAUCUCUAAAAGUCAGUCAAGGAUCACUCGUUUCAACCACCAGCAACAACGAUAGCCUCGGAAACCGAAGAUUCGGCUUUCAGUUUGUAGAUAUUUCUGAAAUCUCCAUCGUCACCACUAGACUAGAUACAGGAUUACUUCUAACCAGACAAGGCUCCCCGGUUUCAUCCGUUGCACCGCUCACGUUUCUUUUUGAUUCUCAACGUCCGUCAGUGAAAUUAAGCACGACGAGUCGUACGAGGACACAAGAGGAGCGUAUUCCUGUGACGAUAAAGUUCAUGAAGCCUGUUUUCGGAUUUAAUUCAUCUCACUUAUCUAUUUCAGGAGGACAAAUACUAAAAUUUCGUGAAAUAAGUAAGAUUAUCUACUCAGUCGAGAUUCAACUACUCGAAGAUUGGGUAUCCAUGCUCGUUCCUGAAAACAUAACCACAGACGUAGCCGGAAACACAAAUCUAGCAUCGAACACCUUACGACUAUUUCACUAUUCCGUACCUGCUGCAUCAACAAUGCUUUCCACAUCCACAACAGCUGCUUUCGUAUUAACCGCCGUGGUUGCAACCCUGCUCACCGUCUCCACCGCCUCCCUCCAGAACUACGGAGCAUUCGCCACAUCAUCACCGUUACUAACUUCCAGUCCAGCUAGAAUUCUUUUUCGAAUCGUAUGCCAUAUUCAAAUCUUCGCGUUAUCCGGAUGGUUAGCGGUUCCAUUGCCCAUCGAGUACAGUGAGUUUGUUAAAGGUUUAAGAUGGAGCAUCCCUUAUUUCAAACUACCAUGGGAAUCUGGUCAUGUGAAUCCUGUGUCGCCUAUGAAUCCACAUUCAUACGGUUCGAAAAGCAACGAUCAUGAACCUCAAUUUAUGAGGAGAACGGAAGACAAUAAUCUAGAACGAGUUGACUCGGUCUACGGAUUGCCACUCACUGCAAUGGAGUACAAAUCUUUUUUUGAGAGUCAAAAUGUGGCGCCGGAGGCUCAAUAUAUAACAGAUUUGAAUGGUUCACGCGGUUGGAUGGAUUUUAAUCGGAUUAUGUUUUGGCUGGCGGUUAUGAGUGGCGGUUUGAUUGUUCUGCAUAUAUUGGUUCUGAUAAUACUCAAACUUAGAAAGAAAAAAGAGAAUGAUAAUACUUACGUUUCGCUCAUUUUCCCACGAUUUGAAGUGUUUCUGGUGAUUCUUGCAGUUCCUUGUGUUUCUGCAGCCUCGGCAGCUCUGCUAAAAGGUGGAUCAGCUUCAGGGAUUGUCGUCGGGAUUCUACUUUUAGGAGCCGUAAUUUUUCUAAUACUAGCAUUAUUUACUUUUCUUUCUAUUGGGAUAUCACUAGGGAAGCUACUUCAAUACAAAGAAGUUCACCAUGAAGAUCAAAACAUGCACUGGUAUCAAGCAUUAGUGAAGGUUACUUUGGGCCCUGGAAAAAGAGGCCAAUGGACAUGGAUCAACACCUCAAACUCCAAAUGGUUAACCAUAUUGGGCCCUCUUUUUGAAGACCUUAGAGGCCCACCAAAAUACAUGCUCUCACAAAUCACAGGAGGAUUGGAUUAUAACAUGAGCAGAGGCAAUAGUAUAAUUGCAUCAGAUGAUGAAAAUGAAGAUGCAGAAGCACCCUUUGUUCAAAGGGUGUUUGGGAUAUUAAGAAUCUACUACAUUUUUCUCGAAUCGGUUAAACGUGUCACUUUAGGAAUCUUGGUGGGUACAUUUUCAAGAAACGGGUAUUCUGAAACGCCAACCAAGACUUUACUAUGUGUUACUUCAUUUCAACUGUGCUUCAUGGUCCUCAAGAAACCGUUUAUCAAGAAAAAGGUUCAGUUAGUGGAGAUCAUAUCGGUUUCAAGUCAAGUUGCGCUCUUCGUGAUAUGUUUGGUUCUUUUGAGGAAGAAUGUUUCGACCCAUGAUCAGACCAAGAUUGGGAUCACAAUGGUUUGUUUGUUCUUGUUUGCAUUCGUUGCGCAAAUCUUGAAUGAAUGGAACUCUUUGCUUUGUCAGAUAAAGCAGCUUGAUCCCGACGAUAAGUCUUUGUGUACGGGUUUGAAAAUAGCAUCAUGGGGGAUUCUACUGCUUUUUGUCCCGAUUAAGUUGAUGAAAAACAUCGAGAGUCAGUUCCCAUUAAAAGGGCGAACGUGUGACAAUGCCAGCGUGCCGGUAGAGAGAUUUAGAAGCUCGGGUACACCGGACCAGACGUGGAUGAAGCAACUGAGAGAUUUGGCGAAGUCUAGUUUUAGUGGCUCUGGUGGAACUCCAACUGAUCCAUCGGGCAGUAAGACAAAAUGGAGCGAGUUUUGGACCGGGAUGAGAAGCGGGAGUUCUACCCAGACGACAUCUAGCGAUUCGAAGUCGAAACAAAAAGGGAUGUAUAAAGAUUUUGAAGCCAUUUUUGGGUUGAAUAAGUGAUAUUAUGCAUCAUUUAAUAUGGUUUGAUAAUAAUGUUUGGAGUUUAGUUAGCUUGUAAAUAUGUUUAUUGAUAAGUCUUUGUUUACAACA